CAUUCGCACGCGGACGUUCAGGGAAACACAACAGGAAAGUUUAGCCUAGCCCGUGUGAGAGAUUUGGAGAUUUCCGGGUCCUGUGACUUAUCAGGUGGUUGUCCGUCAGGAGGAGAGAGAGGGGCAGACUCUCCGCUUUCCCUUAUACCACCUCUUUUUUCCCCAGAGUCCGACUAACCCGUUGACGCUUUAGCAGACCAACUUGAGGGGAAAGAAAAGUGGAAGUGGUUGUGGAAAGUUGUCGAGUCAGUCGUCUCCCCCUCCCUUAACAACUAACUAACUGUCACUCACUCGCAGCAGCAGCAGCAGCAACAGCAUGGCUGGCGGUUCGGUGUCCGAGUGUAAGGAGUAUCUGUUCAAAGUUUUGGUGAUUGGGGAGCUGGGUGUGGGAAAGACAAGCAUCAUCAAACGAUACGUCCACCAGCUCUUUUCCCAGCACUACAGAGCCACCAUCGGCGUCGAUUUCGCCCUCAAAGUCAUCAACUGGGACAGCAAAACAUUAGUUCGACUGCAGUUAUGGGAUAUAGCAGGUCAGGAGCGGUUUGGGAACAUGACCAGAGUAUACUAUAAGGAGGCAGUGGGAGCGUUUGUCGUCUUUGAUGUGACCAGAAGCUCUACAUUUGAGGCUGUGUCAAAGUGGAAGCAUGAUUUGGACAGCAAGGUGAAACUUGCCAACGGCAACCCCAUCCCCUCUGUACUGCUGGCCAAUAAAUGUGACCAGAAGAAAGACGGGUCCAACAAUGCCUCCCUCAUGGACAACUUCUGCAAGGAAACUGGCUUUCUGGGCUGGUUUGAGACGUCAGCUAAGGAGAACAUAAACGUUGACGAGGCAGCCCGGUUCCUCGUGGAGAACAUCCUCCUCAAUGACAAAGGCCUUCCAUAUGAGGAGAGCAAUGGUGACCGCAUCAAGCUGGACCAAGAGGCCGUACCUGCGGAGAGCAAGUCAGGCUGCUGCUAGCGUCAGGCCUCUUCGGUCCACUUACCUGUCGUACAGGAGGGAAUAUCAGCCAGGGACUAAGACCCCUGUCUCUUUUCCCCAACAUCAGCCUCCCUCCAUCCCUCUCACCUCACCUCCACCCGCCCAGACACCAAUGGCACAAGCACAUGUCUUGGCCUAUCAGUAUCGGCUCUCCAGGUGGAAAUCAUAGCCAUGAAGAUGAUGCCUUGUGUGUUGACCUCUCCAUUUCUCUCAUUCUCUUUCUUCAUGCCUUUCUCCAACUCUGAAGAACCAUGUAAGAACUGUAUAUUUGUAGCAAAGCCUCUAAAAGUGUCAGUCCAGUGAAUUUUGUUUUGUUUUGCAUUUUUGUUACAUUACUGGGAAAAAAUGCGAUCCUAUGGGUGUCAUAGGAGGGUGUACCAAGUACAUCUUUCUGUUAUAUGGAAGUUAAGCUGGCAUGACUAAUGGGUAUGCUGCAAAGAACGAACAGUCAAUUGUACACAAUGGUCAAAAAGUCAGGAAGUAAUAGGGCUGUCCCUGUGGGGGUUAGCCAGCAACAUUUUUAAUUUGAAGGUAAAAACAAAAAGUUCUCAUGUAGUUAAAAGUGGAAUUCAACUAUAAGGAUGGGGAAAGGCUUGUUGAAGAUUUCUCUUCCUCUCUCAAAAAAACACUGUAGAAAAAUAAACUUUUUAUUUAAAAGUUUGGUAUUUUGUUCAAUUAUCUGUAUUUCCUUUUCUUACUUUUUCUUUUUGUCUUUUUGCAAUCUAUCAGUUGCCUCCCAGAGUUCAUGCAUAAGAAACUUAUCACACAGAACAUUAUCCAGAAUGUCAAAAAUACGUAAGAAAACAAAAUACUAUCCUCUUGUGGGAGGUCUGUCAGAGGCAUAUGUGUAAGCACUAACUGGAAAUGUGUCUCAUGGAGAAUAUAGCUGCCUCAGACUCUGUAACCUGUUAUAUACACGGGCUGACUUUUUGAUGAUGGUGAUGACAGGUUUUUGAAAUGGUACUGAAUAAGGUGUUUGAGCACCAGUCUUAUCUAUGCCUUAUUCUAGGGGGAACCACAGGCAAAUGUAACUUUUUUUAAAAAAAUGCUGGAUUCAACCUUUGUUAAGAUAACACUGAAGGAAAAUAAAAACUUUUAAAUAAAAGUUUGAUUUUGGUCAGUCA